AUGAUAGAAAAUGAUGGUGAAGUAAUAAAAGAAAACAGUGGUGAAAAAAUGAAAGAAAAUGAUGGUAAAAAAAUUAUAGAAAAUGAUGGUGAAGUAAUAAAAGAAAACAGUGGUGAAAAAAUUAAAGAAAAUGAUGGUAAAAAAAUUAUAGAAAAUGAUGGUGAAGUAAUAAAAGAAAACAGUGGUGAAAAAAUGAUAGAAAAUGAUGAAAAAAUGGACGACUUUGAUGAAUUCAUGUCUGAUUCUCUUGUUGAACCAGAAGAUUAUGAGAAUAUAAUAUCACAAGCGAAUGAUAAAGAAACAAAAAAAGAUAAUAAAAAUGAUGAUGAGAAUGAUAAAAAUAAGGAAGUCAUUACAGUAUCCAAAGAACAGAUUGAUGUAAAAGAUAUUAAUUUAACAAAACUCAGUGAACUUACAAUAACUUUGCAAUCUUCAAAAAUUAUUGUAAAAGUUCAUUCUGUUUAUCCUUGUACUAGAACAAAUUUUUUUUUCAUCGUUCAAGGUAAUGAAAAAUCACCUACUAUGCUCUGUGUUGCAUAUCCAUUUAUUGGAAAUAAAUUACGAAAUAAAGUAAAGCCUGGUACAUUUAUUGAAAUAACAAAUGCUUGUGUAAAAUAUAUUGAUUCACAACAUAGUAUACUCUGUGAUGAUUCUACAUUUGAAUUAGUUUUAAAUGAAUUUUAUAAAACAAAAAUUAACAUACUGUCAGUUAUAUCAAAUAACAUUAAUGAUUUACCAAGUUCAUCAGGUAUUUUACCAGAACAGUCACAAUCUAAUUCGAAAGUUAAACCUAACAAGUUGUUUAGGAAAAAUUCUCAACCUACUGUUAAACCAUUUAUCAUUAAAAAUAAUAAUAUAAAGUUUACACCCUUUACUACUUUUGCAAAACAAAAUUACACCAAAUAUGAAAAAAUCAAUGUUAUUGGAAGAGUUUUAAGCUAUACUACAUGCAGUAAAAUAUGGACCAGAGAUAACGAGCAGACUAUUCGACAUGUGAAACUCGUAGAUAUGUCAAAUAAUCAAUUAGAUGCUUCAUUGUGGAAUAAAAAGGCAGAAACGUUUUCACCACCUUUAGGUAGUCUUGUACAAAUACAAAAAGCUGGAGUAAGAAAGUACCAAGGAAAAAAUAAUUUAAGUGUUUAUGAUUGUUCAAAUAUUGAAGUUUGUAAAGAAGAUGAAUAAUUUAAAACCUCAACUUUGUAGAGAUUUUAAUUUAUAAAAAAACAAAUAUGAC